CCCAGCUGAGGCAGUAGCAGUGAGAGUGCAGCUUAGCUUGUCUCCACACACACACGCACACCUACACUCAUUCACACACACACACUCAUACACAUAAAGCACGCUGUUGUGGUGGCCGGUGCCCCACCGCAUGUGCCAUUCCAACAUCAUUUUAAGGUGGGAGGAUUUUCACAUCACAGUGCUGGUGGCGGUAACCUUUCAGCUGUUGAUGGGGAGGACCACCACGUAGAGACCGAGAGGCAACAAAGGCAAAAGCAGAAGAGCAGUAAUGGGAAGCCACACAUGGAGCGGGUCUGGACUGCAGCCGUGGUGAGCCUGAGAGCUACAGGACCUGAGACCAUCAUCAUUGCCCUCCUCAGGACCUAACCACUUGGGCUGUCCAGCACCUGGAUGCUCCCCAUUUGUGAUUUGCCACCCCCCUUUUCCUUCCCCUGUGCCGUUGCUCUCUUUCCUGGACUUUAGUUUUCUUUUUUUUUUUUCUUUUUUUUGUGUUAUUUUUCAUCUGUUAAAAUUUGCUUAACCUGAAACAGAGGCGUCUCAUCCUUGGAUUUUUUUUUUAUUUCUUUUUGUAAUAAUCUUUAUCCCCAAGAAUUACUUGCAUUUUCUUCUAUUUUUUUUUAGUCAUUAUUGCCUGCUUGAAAUUAUUUUUAGAUUUUUUUUUUUUUUUAUCAGACUGAGCUCUGUUGUGCAAUUUUUCUUCAAUAAGCAAUAACAAACACUAAUCCAACUGACUUGAAAGCUGACACCAUGGGGGACAUGUCCAAUAGCGAUUUUUAUGCCAAGAACCAAAGAAAUGAGGGCAACCAUGAGGCUGGCUUUGGUUGCUCUGUUAUGGAGCUGCGAUCGUUGAUGGAGCUUCGUGGCACAGAGGCAGUGGUCAAGCUCCAAGAGGACUAUGGGGCAGUGGAGGGACUGUGCAAGCGAUUGAAAACCUCACCCACUGAAGGUCUUGCAGGUGUUCAGACGGACCUGGACAAAAGAAAAGAACUAUUUGGUAAAAACCUGAUACCUCCAAAAAAGCCAAAAACAUUUCUACAGCUGGUAUGGGAAGCACUGCAGGAUGUCACCCUCAUCAUCCUGGAGAUCGCUGCUCUAAUCUCCCUGGGCCUCUCCUUCUACCACCCUCCUGGGCAGACCGGUGGAGAUGCAUGCGGUGCAGCAGCCGGUGGAGUGGAGGAUGAGGGUGAGGCAGACGCAGGCUGGAUCGAGGGCGCUGCCAUCCUCUUGUCCGUAGUGUGUGUGGUUCUGGUGACGGCCUUCAACGACUGGUCGAAGGAGAAGCAGUUCCGUGGACUGCAGAGCCGCAUCGAGCAGGAGCAGAAGUUUCAGGUGGUCCGUGGAAGCCAGGUCAUACAGCUGCCUGUUGCCGACAUUGUAGUUGGGGACAUUGCACAGAUUAAAUAUGGUGAUCUGCUUCCUGCUGAUGGAGUGUUGAUCCAGGGCAAUGACUUAAAAAUUGAUGAGUCAUCGCUGACUGGAGAAUCCGAUCACGUCAAGAAGUCCGCAGACAAGGACCCCAUGUUGUUAUCUGGUAUGUUUAUAACUUAUACUAGAUG